AUGAUUAUUGUAUUUGAAUAUAGGAUGCCCGAAGGCGGUGUUUGUCGCCCGAGAGGCUGCAUGGGCGGGCCUAAGAGUGGCGCUAGUCGCACAAACAACCCGCGGGAAGGUCUGAGGCAUGUUGGUUUACUUGCCCGAGACGGGCAGACCCUGGUUUACUGGGGCUCCACGAUAACAGAAAUCGACCCGCGCGCCUACCAGUCCCCGUGA